AUUGUGAACCUAGACAAGCACACUUGAGAGCAGCUGUUCAGAUGAUCACACAUUCCAACUGACAGACUCCAUAAGUUGUUACCCAAGAACGCAGUCCCAGCAGUCAUCGGGCAGUAGGAUGAAUGCUUUUAGAAAUCCAGAUGAACCGGUUGCCAGCUGAUCGCAGGGCACACAAAGACAUCCGCACCCACACCUAGGGGCAAUUUGGAGUGCUCAAUCGGCCUACCAUGCGUGGUUUUGGGCUGUGGAAGCAAACCGGAGUGCCAGGAGAAAACCCAUGCGGCCACGGGGAGAACAUGCAAACUCCACACAGAGAGGGCUGGAGGUGGAAUCGAACCCGCAGCCUCCUAACUGUGAGGCGGACGUGCUAACGAAAUGAUGGAAGAAGAAUCCGCCAGCAAGCCGACCACACAGACCUUUGCUGUGGCUGACUAUGUAGUCUUUGCUUUGAUGCUCCUGGUCUCCAUGGCCAUAGGACUCUAUCAGGCUUUGAAGAAGCAGCCACACAAUGAUAGCACCGAUGACUUCUUCACUGGCGGUCGCAGUAUGUCAGCGGUGCCCGUCGGACUCUCCCUCUGUGCCUCCUUUAUGUCAGCGGUUCAGGUUUUAGGAGUUCCUUCAGAAACUUAUCGUUAUGGAUCCAAAUUCCUCUACAUGUGCCUUGGACAAACCAUCAACUCUGUGAUGACUGCUUACUUGUUCCUGCCGGUUUUCUUUCGGCUUGGAAUCACAAGCACCAAUCAGUAUCUGAAGAUGAGGUUCGGCAGACCAAUGCAGGUGCUGGGAAGUGUCCAGUUUCUUGUGGCGACAGUGCUGUACACAGGGGUAGUCAUUUUUGCACCAGCAUUGAUCCUCAACCAAGCAACUGGGCUCAAUAUGUGGAUGUCCCUGUUUUCUACCGGAAUUAUCUGCACCGUGUACACAACCCUGGGGGGCAUAAAAGCUGUGAUCUGGACAGAUGUGUUCCAGAUUGUUGUCAUGUUUUCUGGCUUUGUGGCAAUUUAUAUCCGUGGUAUCAUUCUGGUGGGUGGUCCUGCAGCAGUGCUGGAAAUUGCAAACAAUGGAUCACGGAUUAAUUUUAAUGCUUUUGACAUCGACCCACGACGACGUUACACCUUUUGGAGCUUGACUGUUGGGGCUUCACUUUUGUGGCUAUCCAUGUAUGGAGUAAACCAAGCUCAAGUCCAACGUUACGUUUCCUGCAGAACCGGAAGAGAGGCCCAGCGGGCAAUAUUUGUCAAUCAAUUAGGUUUGACCCUAAUUGUGGGGAGUGCAGUUAUCUGCGGAAUCGUCAUGUUUGCUUAUUAUAUCAAAUGUGAUCCACUGAUUUCUGGCAGAGUGUCUUCUCCUGAUCUAUAUAUGCCAUACUUUGUGCUGGAUAUAUUCCAGAACCAUACAGGCUUUCCAGGUCUUUUCCUGGCCUGUGCAUACAGUGGCACUCUAAGCACAGUUUCCACAAGUAUCAAUGCAAUGGCUGCAGUCACAAUGGAGGACCUCUUUCAACAAUAUGUGCGCCACUUGAGCCAGAAGAAACAACUACUCAUUUCCAAAGGGCUGUCCUUUUUCUAUGGAGUUUCUUGUAUGAUCAUAGCUGUUCUAGCCUCAUUCAUGGACUGGGGAGUUCUUCAGGGGUCCUUUACAGUCAUGGGUGUGGUCAGUGGUCCAUUACUAGGUGUAUUCAUCUUGGGGAUGUUUUUUCCUGCCUCAAACAGAGUGGGAACAUACCUAGGAAUAGCAACUGGCUACUGUGUCUCGUUGUGGCUGGCCGUUGGUUCCACUCUUUACCCACCCAGUCCAAGGACCAUGGGCGUGCUGCCUAAUUAUGGAGACAAGUGUGAACCUGCAAACAUCACCCUGAAUGGCACUCAUCAUCAACAUGCGAUGUCAACCCUACCUCAAAACGACAACCCACAGGGCCUGCAUAACUUGUACUCCAUCUCCUAUCUUUAUUUUGGUGCCCUGGCAACAAGCUCAGUUGUACUAGUUGGGCUCCUCGUGAGCUAUGCGACAGGACCAACGAAGAGAGCCGAUAUCAAAGAGGGAUUAUUAUGGUGGGACUUGGGUAAGAAACAAGCAGUCAUCCAAUCACAGCAUGGGGGUAUGUGUACAGAAAGAGAGUGUGUGCCUAUGAUGGAGCUGCAACAAAGUGACGAAAACCCACAUAGAAGAAAUUGAAAACCUUAACAUUACGAAGUCCACUGUGCUGGAGCUGCAAGAAAAUGAUAAAAAACACAUAAAAGAAAUAGAAAACUAACACUACUAAGUCCAUUGUGCAAGUGUAAACAUAAGUUUUUAUCCCAAGAACAUACUGUAUAUAUAUAUGCAUUGUUUCAAAACUAAUUGCGUGUUUUCUAUUUUGCCUGAUGGGAUUCCGUAAUAUAAUUUAACAACCAAAUUCUUCUUUCAGUCAACUUCUGUAAUCAGUCACAGUGCAGACUCAACAAACAAUGUCCGUUUGCCUCUCUCUGUGCCAGCUUUAUGUCAGCUGUCAAGGUUUUGGAGUUCCAAUACAAAUUUCUAUAUUAGAACUGCCAAGUGCUUCAAGGAAGAUUAUUACUAGUGUAAAUGAGUCCAGUAUUUUUCUUGACAAAAUGUUGAAAGAAUGUUGGUUGUGAUCAAACCAAAUGAAUAUAAGAGGUGAUGAAUGAUUAGGAAUGUUGUAACUGUGGCCAGGCUAUCUAAUGUCACAAUAAAAAAUGAAAUUCGGCGGAGA